AUGGUCCCUUGCCUCCCCAGAGCACCGGCCGGCCGUGCCCGGAGCCAGGGUUCGCCGGGGUCCCGGGCAGCGCCUGCCCCUGGUCCGUUCCAGCCGGUGUUUCCAAGGAGACCUGGGCUGCCGCCUGCACCGCGGAGCGGGCCCCGAGCCGGGGCCGGGGGGAAACGCGGCCGCCGGGUAAGUGCGCUCCCGCCGCCGGAAAGGGGGGUGGGCCCGGCCACGGCCCCGCUGCCGGGCUGGGCGAGGAAGUGGGAGCGGGCUAACCCCUCGGUGUGCCCCGCUCCAGGGCAGUUCUGCAGCUCGCAGCUCGGUGCUCAGGACGCGGCAUGGCAGGGAGACCAGCUGUCCUCCCAGCUCUACAGGAACAAACAGCUUCAAGAUACUUUGCUUCAGAAGGAAGAGGAACUUGCUAGGUUACAUGAAGAAAAUAAUAACCUCCGACAAUACCUGAAUUCUGCCCUGAUUAAGUGUUUAGAAGAAAAAGCCAAGAAACUGCUUUCCUGCCAUGGCCAAAAAACCUGUGCUAUUCUCAAAAGCACCAAGAGGAGAUUAAAAGAGUACCACUGCUUUGCUCCUCAAGAAUCUCCUCAUGCUUCCAAAGCCAGAAGGAACCUCUUUAAUGAAUUCACUGCCUGUGAAGAGCAAGCCAGCCCUGCUGUAGACAGCUGGGUCUUGCAGACUUUAGGAUUAAAAGAUGUGAACACCAUUGAUGAAACUUCAGCUAACUACAGUGCCCUCUCCUCAGACCUUGGAAAAGACACAUACUGCCUAAGUGCUGGUGAAGCAACAGACUAUGACCACAGUGAAGGAGUGUCAGCAGCAUAUAGCUGCAGCCACCUGCCUUCAGCUAACAACAGUACCCAUCCAUGCAGUGAGGACUCUCCCUUCCUUCCUCAGUUUUCUUCAGCUGAAUGUGUCUCAUCAGUGCCAAGCGUUUCCUCCCUCCCAGCCUGUGGGUUGCCUUAUUUGACUGGCAGUUUGUCACCCAACAAAACAGAAAUGGCCUUCACAACAUCAUUAAGUCCUCACCGCAAUGUGAGAACACACACCUUCCACCAAGGACAAGCCUUUGUGUGCAGGGAUGAUGAUGGAGGAUGGAGAUUCACCUGGGUGCCCAAACAGGCUGAAUAA